GACUCAUGCACUUACCUUCCAAAGCCUUUAAAUAGCUUGAGUCACAAUUUCACCCUGGGUAUUCUGACUCCUCACUGUAGCCCAGGUCAAGCUUCCUUCUCAGAUUGCAUGAGGUACUACAGUAAGGAACAACCCAAGAAAGAAAGGUUCAAGGCCAAGUUUCUCAGGAUUGCCAGAUGAGAGUAACCUAAGGGGUUCUUUUGUAAAGCUAUACAGGUCGGGGGUAAUGAUCUAUGCAACUCAAUCUUUGUAUCUCUAUUUCAACAUCACCUUGAGAAAACAUGAUCAUUACUAUUGCUUAGCUCUUCUGCAUACAGGCCACUGGUAUCCCAUAAACUGCGGGGAGUUUCACACCGCAAUUGCCACGGCAAGUAAGUAGGACAAGGGUUCCUUCCUUGUCACAGACUCCAGAAGUCGAGAGACACUAUUCACUCCACAGUAUUCUGAUUUUUUUUUACUGUGUCAGUAUGGUGCCAGUAGUGAGCCUGGAGCCCGACAGCCACAGUUGCUGGGAUGAGCCCCUGAGCAUCACCGUGCGCAGCCUGGCCCCCGAGCAGCCCGUCACACUACACUCGGCCCUGCGCGACGAGAAGGGCAAGCUCUUCCGAGCCCACGCGCGCUACCGCGCUGAUGCCCACGGAGAGCUGGACCUGGCGCGCGCGCCCGCGCUGGGCGGCAGCUUCACGGGGCUCGAGCCCAUGGGGCUGAUCUGGGCCAUGGAGCCCGAGCGGCCUUUCUGGCGUCUGGUCAAGCGCGACGUGCAGACGCCCUUCGUGGUGGAGCUGGAGGUGCUGGACGGACACGAGCUCGACGGCGGGCGGCUGCUGGCCCGGGCGGUGCACGAGCGUCACUUCAUGGCUCCCGGGGUGCGGCGCGUGCCCGUGCGCGAGGGCCGGGUGCGCGCCACGCUCUUCCUGCCUCCAGGAACUGGACCCUUUCCUGGAAUCAUAGACCUUUUUGGAAUUGGAGGUGGACUUCUGGAAUAUAGGGCGAGUCUGCUGGCUGGAAAGGGCUUUGCCGUCAUGGCUCUGGCUUAUUUUAAGUAUGAUGACCUCCCUAAGGUUACAAAGAUCCUUCGUCUGGAGUACUUUGAAGAAGCUGUGAACUACCUGCUUGGUCACCCUCAGGUCAAGGGUCCAGGAAUUGGCCUGCUGGGGAUUUCCAAAGGGGCUGAACUCUGCCUCUCCAUGGCCUCUUUCCUGAACGGCAUCACGGCCGCUGUCAUAAUCAAUGGCUCCAUGGUCAAUGUUGCUGGAACAUUAUACUACAAGGAGGAGAGUCUGCCUGCUUCGAGCAUGAAUCUAGAACGAAUCAGGGUGACCAAAGAUGGGUUUAAAGAUAUUAUAGAUAUCCUGAAUGUCCCUCCAGAAGGUCCAGACCAGAAAAGCAUCAUCCCUGUGGAAAGGUCUGACACGACCUUCCUGUUCCUCGUUGGUCAGGAUGACUGCAACUGGAAGAGCGAGUUCUAUGCCAGAGAGGCCUCCAAACGCUUGCAGGCCCAUGGGAAGAAAACACCCCAGAUCAUCUGCUACCCAGAAGCAGGGCACUAUAUUGAGCCCCCUUACUUCCCUUGGUCCAAGGCUGCCCCCAACUCCCUUUUUGACAUGCCUAUCAUCCUUGGAGGGGAGCCUAGGGCUCACGCCAUGGCCCAGGUGGACGCUUGGCAGCAACUCCAGAUUUUUUUCCACAAACAUUUGAGUGGGGACAAGAGGACAAUCCCAGGAAAACUGUGAUUUUCUUUGGGUAGUGACAUUUCUGGUACUGACCCAUCCUAAGAAUAGCUGUACCUGUUAGGAUGUGCUUACAGGUUUGUUUGGUUUUUUUUUCCUUUUAAUAAAGUCUUAAAGAGUCCCUCCCUCC